GUUCGAGCAGAUCGCGUGGACUCUCGUGCUGGUGAACGCGAGCGCAGAUGUUGUUCAUCGCGCGUGAGGUGCGAAGCCUGAGGAGCCUCGCGUGCUCUUCAUCAUCCUCUUACUCCUUGGCUUGGUUAGUGCUGUGAAAUGUGGUGUUUCAAUCAUGGCACGGGGGCUGAUUCCGUGGAUCUGGCUGAAGCGACCCGUUUAUAUCCAGGCCCGGUUCUCCUACCUACACAUGAAGUACCUGUUUUUUUCCUGGUUGGCUGUUUUCGUGGGAAGCUGGGUGGUGUAUGUGGAAUACUCUUCAUACACAGAGCUGUGCCGUGGACAUGAGUGCAAGAACUCUAUUUGCAGUAAAUUCCAGAAGGGGGUGAUCGAUGGGUCAGCAUGCAACAGCUUGUGCGAGAAGGAGACUAUUUACUUGGGAAAGUGUCUCUCUGCCAAACCCAGCAAUCAGGUAUAUUAUGGCAGUUGGGGGGAUAUGGAAGGAAUCAUAAAGUGCCAGAUGGAGGAGGACCCUCAUUAUGAUCUGGGUAAAGAACUGGAGCCCCCAAAAGAAUCCGCCUCCUUUAACAGGCCAACCAAAGGGACAUCCAUGGAGAAGUUCAAAGAGAUGGUCUUCAGCCAUCUAAAGGCUAAAGUAGGAGACCAAGCCAAUUUAGCAGAUUUGGUGAACCUUGUGCUUGGAGUUGCAGACAGCAGCAAGGAUGGCCAGAUCUCGCUGUCCGAAGCACAUUCAGCUUGGGCUUUACUGCAGCUGAAUGAAUUCCUUCUGUCCAUCGUGCUACAGGACCGAGAGCACACUCCCAGACUGCUGGGCUUCUGUGGGGACUUGUAUGUGAUGGAAAAGGUGCCUUAUGUACCACUCUAUGGCGUCAGUCUUCCGUGGAUGGUAGAGCUGUGGAUUCCAUCCGGCCUGCGACGGAGCAUCGACCAGUGGGCCGCCCCCUCCUGGCCCCGCAAGGCUAAGAUUGGCAUCGGCCUGUUUGAGCUCGUUGAGGACGUCUUCCACGGCACAUUUGGUAGUUUUCUUAUGUGUGAUGUAAGUGCUGCGGGGUUUGGGUACACAGAGCGCCAUGAUAUAAAGGUGAUAGAUGCAAGGCGUAUUGUCCCCGAGGCUGCUUUUCAGGAAGUGAUGCGUGAAAGGCGGUGCGAAGAGGACAGUGACUGUAUGUAUGGCCGGGACUGCCUCACUUCCUGUGAUCUCACUAAACACCGCUGCACUACGGAGGUCACACAGCCCAAUCUGGCUAAAGUAUGUAGCACACUGAAGGACUAUCUUCUGCAUGGUGCACCAUCAGAUAUUAAAGACGAACUGGAGAAACAGCUGUACGCCUGCAUCGCUCUCAAAGGCGCCAGCGAACAGAUGGAAAUGGAACAUUCCUUGAUUCUCAACAACCUCAAAACUCUGCUUUGGAAGAAGAUAUCACAUACAAAGGACUCGUAAUGAUGCUUAGAACUGUUACUGUUUUUAUGAACCGAACAAAAGAUGAACAAGAGACUGGGAAUGAUUGAUAUUGGAAGACUCCAAUGCAAAAAAAAAUUGUUGCAUACUUUUAUUUUUGGCCUGAAUUUGCAAAGUACCAUCAUAUAGCCUUCGUGGCACUUUGUUGUGUAACAUUACCCAGUCUUGACUCAAUCCCAAAUGAUAAAAGCUUAGGCUGCAGAGAUACUGCCUCUGCUAAUGCAUGUCCUCCAAUGCCAAGAGAAAAUGCCAAAUUUUUAAUUCUUCAUGCAGGUUAUUUUUCAGAGAACUGAGACAAUCAAAUUGUGUCUAGUCCAGAGGUUUUCAAACGGAGACGAGGAUCCCCGAUUUGACAGAAUAAAACAGAUUUUUACUAAAUCUAUUUUUAAGGACAGUCUAAGAUAACUUGAGAAAUAGGCUUAAUUUAUUUUUAUUUGAUUAAAAUUUUCUAUGAUGACUUCUAAAGAAUGGUCAGAAAAUACAACAUUAUUCUAUUUUACUGACAGUCCAGAUUUUAAUUCUGGCUUUUACUUUAAAUAUAUGUAUGCAUAUACAGUAUUGUU